CCCCCCCCCCCCCCCCCCCCCCCCCCCCCCCCCCCCCCCCCCCCCCCCCCCCCCCCCCCCCCCCCCCCCCCCCCCCCCCCCCCCCCCCCCCCCCCCCCCCCCGACACUCUACUCAUACAUUAUUAUUAUCUAGAAGAAUAAACAAAGUUUUCUGCAGUUAGAGCUCAUUCCUUCCGGCGCUAAGAAAGUCGACUUUUAAUUUCCACUUCAUAUAGUAAAAUUGAUUCACAUUUACCGUUAAAUGGCUCCAGAUUAUUUCAACGUGUACAAACAGUAUACGUGGGCACACGAUUUCUAUCUUUUGUGUCAAGAAAUAUAGUGCUAGAAGCACUUGAAUCUACAAGACAUGAACUCGAUAAAGUGGAGAAGAGUCUAUUAAAAUCUGAAAUUGAUUUAAAUGAAAUAUUAAGAUCUUUGGAAAUAAUUCGAACAAAUCUCGUACAAGUGGAAAAUCAUUUUAUUGUUUUAGCAGAUAAAGUUGAUUUGUUAGAAAAACGAGUUGAACCAUUAGAAAGAGAAGUUGAACAUUUGAACCAAAAACUGGAAAGUAUUGAUAAAGGCCAUAAAAACCAUACUCUCAGUUGA